AUCAAACAAUCGAUUAAUACAAUCUUAAAACAUAGUAUCAAAAUAUUUAAGAAAUAAACAAAAUGAUGAGUUCCAAACAUGGUGCUUAAUCAGCAAUUCCUUCCCGUCUACGUAUUCCACGCGGCUAUGCUCGACGCAAACAAUAAUAUUAAAUUAUACUAAUUACGUUCUAAAUUAAUACAAACAGCUGUCGGUUGGGGAGCUGAAAUCAGAGAUCGCUCAUAAAAUUAUAAUCCCAUUUGCCAUUCUUCUUAUCCUCUGCGACUUUUUAACAGAUAUAAUUUUUUGUCAAUAUUUGCGAAAAUGGCGAAUUCAGAGGAAUCAAAUCCUCUUUUACCGAAACAAGAUGAAGCUGAGAUGAAAAAUGAGAAGAAAUCCGCCGUCCCCGUCGGCAAGAAUAUCGGAGCUCCACUCUCUGCGGCGAUCCCGGUGGGAUGGACAGCCGAUGGGCUUCCGGUGGCCGAGUCCACGAUGGAGAGGACCCAGUGGGAUUCUGGUCUCUUCUCUUGUCUUGGAAGGAAUGAUGAAUUCUGCAGUAGCGAUCUUGAAGUUUGUUUAUUGGGUAGUGUGGCUCCUUGUGUGCUUUAUGGGAGCAAUGUAGAGAGGCUUGGAUCUGCUCCUGGUACAUUUGCUAAUCACUGCUUGCCUUACACUGGUCUCUACCUAAUGGGGAAUACCUUUUUCGGCUGGAAUUGCCUUGCGCCGUGGUUCUCCUAUCCCAUCCGUACAGCCAUUCGCCGCAAGUUUAAUCUAGAGGGAAGCAGCGAGGCACUUGCAAGAUCAUGUGGGUGCUGUGGAAGCUUUGUUGAGGACGAAGUUCAGCGCGAGCAAUGUGAGACAGCGUGCGACUUUGCUACUCAUGUCUUCUGCCAUGCAUGUGCCCUUUGCCAGGAGGGGCGUGAGAUCCGUCGUAGGCUUCCACAUCCUGGCUUCAAUGCCCAACCACUCCUGGUCAUGAUUCCACCUGGGGAACAGACCAUGGGCCGUCGAGCAUAAAUGCUUUUCUGUUUCAUUUUCAUAGAAACUGUCUACUUUUAUACAAUUGUGAUGGGACCUCCUUUGUAUCUGUAUGUGAAGUGUGGUCUUUUUAGUCGCUUGUUCUGCGUAAGCCAUUUAUUGGCCGGAUGUGUGAUUUGUUGAAGUAUAAUAUACAAAGAAGUAUACUUUCUCUCUGGUUAAGUUUUUUCAUGUGUAAUUGAAAUGGGGUAUUGAGUUGGACCCUUUUCUCUUA